AAAAUUCCCCAAAAACUCCAUUUCUCAUAGAUAAAACGAUGGAAGUCGAUCGGACGGCUGAGAACGACCACUGUCCCGAUCUCCAACAGAACUCCGGCGAGUCAAGGCCUAACCUGACUGAAACGAACCUCCGACGACACGAUUCAUUGGACUUCGAAUCCCGCUCUGUUAAGGCGGCGGGGAAGGCGGCGGCGACCUGGGGAGUGAUACUUCAACUGGCGUUUCAGAGCGUGGGGAUUGUGUACGGAGAUAUCGGAACGUCGCCGUUGUACGUAUAUGCCAGCACGUUCAGUGAGGGUAUCAAGCAUAACGACGACGUUUUGGGUGUGCUGUCUUUGAUUCUCUACACACUUACCUUAAUCCCUUUGGUUAAGUACGUCUUCUUGGUCUUACAGGCCAACGAUAACGGCGAAGGUGGGACGUUUGCAUUAUACUCUUUACUAUGCCGAUACGCGAAGAUCGGGCUGAUACCAAGCGAGCAAGCGGAAGAUCAAGAGGUAUCGAAUUUUCAGGUGGAGCUACCGACCAACCGCCUCAAAAUGGCGUCUUGCCUGAAGUCCAAGCUGGAGAACAGCCGCGCCGCCAAGGUUUUCUUGCUCUUCGCCACCAUGCUCGGCACUUCCAUGGUCAUCGGCGACAGCGUCCUCACUCCUUCCAUCUCCGUUUUAUCGGCCGUGGGAGGAAUCAAGAAUGCUACCUCGACUAUGACACAAGAGAAAAUAGUGUGGAUAUCAGCAGCAAUCUUGGUUUGCCUGUUCAUGGUGCAAAGAUUUGGUACCCAUAAAGUUGGAUACUCCUUUGCUCCCAUUAUUUGCACUUGGUUUGUACUUAUUGGUGGCAUUGGCUUCUACAAUUUCUUGAAAUUUGACCCUUCUGUCAUCAAAUCUGUUAAUCCUAUAUACAUUUUUUACUACUUCAAACGAAACAAAAGGGACGCUUGGAUCUCUCUCGGUGGUGCCGUUCUUUCCAUUACCGGGACUGAGGCUCUGUUUGCGGACUUGGGACACUUUAGUGUGACGUCUAUAAGACUAAGCAUGUGUUGUGUGGCUUACCCUGCCCUUGUCUCUGCGUACGUUGGCCAAGCCUCCUUUCUCCGUGAGAAUGCUCAUCUUGUCUCCGACGCCUUCUUUAGCUCCAUUCCAGGUGCUCUCUAUUGGCCUAUGUUUGUGGUGGCCGUGCUUGCCUCCAUCGUCGCUAGCCAAGCGAUGAUCUCGGGUACCUUCUCCAUCAUCCAACAGUCCCUCUCCUAUGGUUGUUUCCCUAGAGUUAAAGUUAUUCAUACUUCUUCCAAGUACGAGGGUCAAGUUUACAUCCCUGAAGUUAACUACCUUCUUAUGGUGGCUUGUCUUGGAGUCACUCUAGGGUUCAAAGAUACAACUAGAAUCGGAAAUGCUUAUGGCAUUGCAGUGGUGUUCGUAAUGACACUUACUUCAAGUUUCUUGGUGCUCAUCAUGAUCAUGAUAUGGAAAUCUCACAUACUCGUCAUACUAUCCUAUGUUUUCACCAUUGGUUUAUUGGAGCUUUUAUACCUAAGUUCAGUCCUUUACAAGUUCGAUCGAGGGGGCUAUCUUCCUUUAGCUUUUGCAGGGUUUCUCAUGAUAAUAAUGUACAUUUGGUAUGACGUCCAUAGGAGAAAAUACUACUACGAGCUUGAGCACAAGAUUUCUCCUCAAAAGCUCAAGGACAUGCCAUCUCUCACAACUCUCAAUCGUGUCCCUGGCCUUGCCUUAUUCUACUCCGAGCUUGUCCAAGGCAUACCCCCAAUCUUCAAGCAUUAUAUAGCCAACAUUCCCACUCUCCAAAGGGUCCUCGUUUUCGUGUCCUUCAAAUCCCUCCCAAUAAGCAAAGUCCUAAUGGAAGAGCGGUUCCUGUUUAGACGAGUCGAGCCUGAUGAUCUCAACGUGUUUCGAUGCGUGGUUCGAUAUGGGUACAAAGAUAUCAUCCACGAACAAGAGUCAUUCGAGAGAGUACUAGUGGAGAAAUUAAAGAUGUUUAUAGAAGAAGAGUCAUGGAUAUUACGAAACGAAGAUAACGAUAGAGCAAGCAGGGUAUAUGAAGGGAUAGAGGUGGUGGAUAGAGCUUGGAGAGAUGGAAUUGUUCACUUGAUCGGACAAAACGAGGUGGUGGCAAGUAAUGGGUCAGGGUUAGCUAAACGGGUUUUGAUCAAUUAUGCGUACAAUGCAUUAAGGAGAAAUUUGAGACAAAAUGAAGAGAUCUUCUACAUCCCUAGGGAGCGUAUGCUCAAAGUAGGAAUGACGUAUGAGCUUUAAGAGUUGACUUCAGUCAACAAGUUCGAGAAUUGCAACUGGGUCAAGAUGUAGUUUUUCAGCUUCAACUAGUCUUAAAUUUCAUUCUUAGAUUGUUCGUGUAUCUAUAGAACGAGCACUAUGAAUUAUAUGUCGGAUUAAACAAAAUGAAAUGAAAAUAAAUAUAUAUCAAUUACGGU